AGAGAGAGAGAGAGAGACGGCAAAUGAAGACAAGCGGCUUUUCUUUGUGUGGAAUCCUGAUCCACUGACUGGCCGUGUCACCAGCCUGUGCAGAACCCACGAGGAGCAGACAGGACCGGAUCUGCACCGACACAGCCUGGCAUCACCCGGAAAAGACAUGUUUGAGGAGAUAAAAUGCCUGUUUGAUUGGAUUAGUCAGUCUGAGAGUUUCCGUGAAGUGGGCUGGAAAUGAACUCUGAAGAUACGCGUGGAUCUGGGUGAGUUUGUGAUAAGAACCAGCGUGAUCUCGUCCCUUUUCCCAUCCACAUGAGAACAAGUUUGGCCGGAGCGGGCUGAAGGGAGGCUACCGGUGUUUCCCAUUGGCUGUUGAAUCCUAAAGCUCAAGUCAAAUUGGGUUAACGUUUUACAGGACACUGAGGGUUGCAUGCAUCAGUGCCAAGAAAUUGCAUUGCGUGGGAGACUUGUGCUAAGGAGACACAGAGACAUUUCUUGAGGAUGGAGGUGGCAGCCGAACAAGGUUGUACACAGGAGAAUGGACGCUGUGACGCCAAGGUCAGAACAGCGCGCUCCACUUCCUGUUCCAGCCUGAAGAUGUUUCUCGUAGCUUUGUCCUUUGCCUAUUUUGCAAAGGCUCUGUCGGGAAGCUACAUGAAGAGCACAAUAACUCAGCUGGAGAGGCGCUUUGACAUCCCCAGUUACCUAAUAGGUGUCAUUGACGGAAGCUUUGAGAUAGGUAACCUGCUGGUAAUAGCUUUUGUCAGUUAUUUUGGUGCCAAACUCCAUCGGCCAAAGAUUAUUGCAGUGGGUUGUGUACUGAUGUCCAUUGGCACUUUCAUCAUUGCUCUGCCUCACUUCAUCAUUGGUCGCUAUGAAUUUGAAACAUCUGUACGGUGGGUAGUGAACUCCACACUUAACCCCGCUCCGUGUCCCGUGGGCUCCCCCCCAGACCUGGCCCUUGAUGGUAAACAGCUGGAGGUGCCACCUAAAGGUUGUGAGGGAGAAUCAAACCUGUCUAUGUGGAUCUAUGUGCUUCUGGGAAAUGUCCUGCGUGGCAUCGGAGAGACGCCUGUUCAGCCUCUGGGGAUCUCAUAUAUAGACGAUUUUGCAAGUGAGGAGAACGCAGCGUUAUAUGUCGGAUGUGUGCAGACCAUUUCAGUGGUUGGUCCUGUGUUUGGCUACUUACUGGGCUCCCUUUGUGCCAAAAUCUACGUAGACAUUGGAUUUGUAAAAAUGGAGACCAUCUCCAUCACACCAGCAGAUGCUCGUUGGGUCGGGGCCUGGUGGCUCGGCUACCUCAUUGCCGGGGUCAUCACCUUGCUCUCUGCCAUCCCAUUCUGGUUUCUGCCCCGUUCACUGCCCAUAUCUGGGCCUCAGAGCCCAGAGAAGUGCACACCAGAGCAGACAAGUUUCAUUAAAGACUCCCCCCUUCUGAAGCACAAGUACCCAGCAGACGAACACAGCAGUUUUAUAGAAAUGGCCAAAGACUUCAUUCCUACCCUGCGAACUCUGCUGGGCCAUCCUGUGUAUCUGAUCUACCUGUGUGUGACAAUCAUUCAGCUGAACUCCCUCAUUGGCAUGGUCACCUACAAGCCCAAAUACAUCGAGCAGCAUUUCCGACAGUCUGCUUCAAAGGCCAACUUUCUAAUGGGCGUGAUCAAUAUCCCGGCUGUAGCACUGGGCAUGUUUUCUGGAGGUCUGUUAAUGAAAAGGUUGAAGUUGAACAUCAUGGGAGCAGCCAGGUUUGCCUUUGGCACAUCGCUGAUUGGGUACAUACUGUCACUCUUCUUCUUUGCUAUGAGCUGUGAGAAUGCAAAGGUAGCCGGGGUGACACUUAACUACAACAGUUUGGAAGGGAUAUCUUAUGACAAACACUCUGUGUUUACGACCUGCAACUCAGGCUGCUACUGUUCAGCGACUGAAUGGGACCCAGUGUGUGGAGAGAACGGCAUCACAUAUGUUUCUCCCUGUCUCGCUGGUUGCACCAGCUCUGUUGGCUCAGGGAAAAACACAGUCUUCUCUAAUUGUAGCUGUAUUGGUGUGGAUGGUAACUUUACAGCCAGCACAGGUCAGUGCCCCAACAAGGAUGACUGCGACAGGAUGUUCCCGUACUUCCUGGCUCUCUCUGUCAUCACUUCCUUUAUCAUCUCAUUAGGGGGAACACCAGGAUACAUGCUGCUCAUCAGAUGCAUUAAACCACAGUUAAAGUCAUUGGCCUUGGGUUUUCACGCUCUGGCGACACGCACUCUUGCAGGGAUCCCAGCACCCAUCUAUUUCGGAGCGAUCAUUGACACAACAUGUCUGAAAUGGGGCCAGAAGAGGUGUGGAGGCAUGGGAGCCUGUAGAAUCUACAACACCACAGCAUACAGGAUAGCAUAUCUGGGCCUGACUCUGAGCCUGAGGACUAUCUCGUUUGUUAUUUGCAUCCCGGGUUUCAUUCUACUCAGCAGACAGCUGAAGAAGGAGGAAAGAAAUGCCAUCCACGGCACUCUGGCCAACGGAGGAACAGAGCUGGAGGCACUCAGGAAGCAAGAGUUAUUGAUGUGUAAUUGUGACCAAUCACAACAAAUAUCAGACAACAGCACUGACAGGGAGACACGGCUGUGACGGAUCCAGCAGAACUGACCCCUCCUCCAGUCACAUUACAGAUCAACACACACGCGCACGAAUGCACGCACACACACACACACACACACACACACACACACACACACAUACACACAUAUGCAAAGACUGACUGUACACAAAAAAAUAAAAGAUAUUUGCAGGGAAUUACAUGUCGUAUCUGAAUAACUAAUAUGAAGCAUAAAUUCUAUAUUUGUAUUACUGGACCUGUGAAGGCUUUAUGAAUUUGACAGAAGGUUAAUAUUGCUGAGAUAUUUCUUGAAUGUACAUGCUGUUAUUUUUCCUUACAAAGUCAAACAAUUUUUUUUUUUUUCAGUUUUAAUGGUGGCACAAAAGAAUUGAUGGGAAUUGUGUCUUGUGCAAACUACUGCAAAAACAAUAUAAUUCUAAACACCAGCAAUGAUUAAGCUGCCUCUUUGGAUUUUUCCUUUAAAGCAAAGUUUUUCUUCCUGACAUCACUGUUCCUGAAGAGAAAAAGAAAAGUGGCCUUACAAACCAGAGGCACAAAGCUAAAUUUAAACAAUAUACCAAUAUAUAUAUGUAUUUUCAGGAGGAAGAUUAGGCCUUAAAAAGAUAAGUCCAGAGAUUAUGAUGGUUUUAGUUCAGUUUAAACAUGGAAAAUAAGCAGGUUGUUGAGGAAGUACAUGUAUGAACAUGUGUUUCCUGUGUGGGCGUGGCAGAUUGGACGUAUGUGCCUCAUUCACUCAACAGUUACCUCUGUGUCAUGUGUACAUCAUCACUGUUGCUGGAUACUACACAGCAAUUUUGUGACGUUUUGUCUGGAUGAUAUCCACAUACAGUUUUAUUUAAGACUUCAGUUACGCUCAGAAUGUAAGAUUGAUGAGUGUCGAAUACUCGUGUUUUGUCUUUACUUAAAUCCCACAGUUACAUCUGAUUUUAUGACAAUUUGUGUUAUUAACAAGGAAGUAUUUAUUCAAGUGUCCUAACAUGCUGCUGUAAUAUCAGUUAUGUCCACAAGAUGGCAGUACAACAUGCAUAUUUAUUUUUAUCUGAAAUCAGCCUCAAACCCUUUAACCUGAUGUGUAAAUGUGAGGAAAUGUUUUUAUUAAAAACACACAGUGCACUGAAUUUUUCUUUGGCACCAAGAAUUGGCUUUUGGCAUAAUUUAUUCAACAAUUUCAUAGUUGUACACAGCUAACUUUAGCCAUUUUAGUAAGAAACAAAUGCACAGUAUGGAAUACUUGCUGUUGUGCGCUGCAGACUAUGUGUUUUGCUUUGAAUGAGAGUCUACAAUGUUUACAUGCACAUUCAUAUUCCAUUAUAUUUCCAUUUAUAACAAUACAGUAUUUAAUGUAUUAAGCCUUAAUCCAAAUAUAGGAGUUUUAGGUGCUGUUUUUGGAAAUACAUAUGAGAUAUACAUUGGUGUUUCUACCAGUUUUGGAAAAACCACCCACACAUUUGUCUUAUUAGAAUAUUUUGUGCAUGUAAAAGGAUUGUGUUGUUUCACUGUGUGUGCAGAAAAACAAGUACCAAGUGUUGCUAAAGUGUAUAUGCUCUGCUUCUGUUACCAGCCGCUGCUUAUCUGUACGUAUCUCUGCUUUUCUGUUCUACUUGGUGUCUUGAUGUAUUUCAUGCCUGUGAUCUGAUCAUCCUGGUUUAUACUCAGGUUUUCUAUUACUUUCAUUCUCAUAAACAGCAUCAUCCCAAAAUCAGAACACAUUUCCUUGAAAAAAUUAAAAAAUCAAAUGAGUCAUGCAGAAGA